AUGGUGUUUGAUGCGUUUCCAAAUGUCGGUCAACCGUCUUACGGGGAGGAAGAAGAGCCAAAUUCCGAGGCUAAAAGGUUCUACGAGAUCCUUAAUACAUCGAGCACUCCAAUAUAUGAAGGAUGCAGUGAAGGUCUAUCGAGAUUGUCGUUGUCGUCACAAUUGAUGAACAUGAAGACUGAUUACAAUAUUCCGGAGAAAUGUAUUGACGGAUUUAGUCAGAUGUUCAAACAAUAUCUACCAGAAGGGGAAGCGCACGAAGCGGCAGAGAUCGUCCUCGCCGUUUGUUACGGCGGGGACGAUUACAACUCGGCGGUUUCCUCUCUGGCCACCGCAACAAUCUCCAGCUCCUCCGCCGCGGCAGCCGCCUACUGCACGGAAGAAGAAGAAGAUAUGGCAAUUUGCCUCAUCAUGCUCGCAUCCGGCGCCGCCGGUCCUCCUCCGCUGCGGAGAAAGAUAGAAAAGUCUGAGAAAAUCCACAAGAUCUGGUCGGAGAAAACUCAGCAUGAGAAUUCAGGGUUAUACGUCUACGAGUGUAAAACAUGCAACAGGACGUUUCCGUCGUUCCAAGCCCUCGGCGGCCACCGCGCCAGCCACAAGAAGCCGAGGACGGAAGUCGAAAAGACGAAAUUGCCCCUCCCGGCCCCGAAGACUGUCGCCCCGGAGGAUGUGCAGAAUUGUCGGACGAAGAUCCCCGGCCUAACCCUAGCUUCACCGGCAAGCAACAACAACAAGCCGAACAAAGUUCACGAGUGCUCGAUCUGUGGGUCGGAGUUCACCUCCGGUCAAGCCCUCGGCGGCCACAUGAGGCGGCACAGGAGCGCCAUGUCAGCAAGAGCUGCGGGAGAGGGUGGCAGCAAUCCGCGGGUGGGUGCGAGUCCAGAGGAUGCGGAUGACGUGGACCGUAGGAUCGAGCCGAGGAAGUAUCUACCGUUGGAUCUUAAUCUUCCGGCGCCGGAAGAUGAUCUGAGAGAGUCCAAGUUUCAAGGGCUUGUCUUCUCAGCGACACCGGCUUUGGUAGAUUGCCAUUACUAGCGGUGAUACAGAAAAGCCAAGAAAAGAGAUCAUAUACCACCGAUUCAUUGCUGUUAGUGUUUUGUAAUUGGAAUUAUUAUUUUCUAAUGCGAAAAAAACAUUAUAUUAUAUAAUAUAAAAUAGGUGAAAAUUGGGGAAGUGGUAAAGGAUGUAUGAAAGAUAGAUGAUCUACUUGUUGAAGUUAGAAUACUUUGAGUAAGCAAGUGGUUAGUGUUCAAUGGUUGCCUUUCAUUCACGAAAAGCAAGUGAUGGCUUGGCAUCUUUUCUUCCCCCCUUUUUUUAAGGUAUAAUCUCGUUUCUUUCUCUCUUUUUUUUUUAUAAAAAAAUUUUUUUAAAAUAUGUAUUUUAUAUACAGUUUUUUUUUUCUUUUUUUAACACGUGAACAACACUGUAUUUCCUUUUUACAUCUCUCGAAUUAACCCAAUUUUGAACUAAAUCGAUUCCGAAAAAAAAACAAAUAAAAAACCAUCAUUUUUGUUAAGACUAAUAUAAUUAAUCGUCACGUAAUCUAAACCAAAACCAGACGAAACUGAACUCGGCUUGAACCUUUUGUCAAUACAAACCAACUCUAAUCCGAAUCAUAC